GUUUUCCUUCUACAUUUAGCAGGUUUAUUAAAUUUCAAUGCUGGAUAUUUGAAGGACAAAUAAAAAAUGUUAUCGGUUUCCAAUUAAAUUUAAUAACCAUAAAUACAAAUGACAUUAUAGAAUGUUUAGAAGGAUAGAAAUAAAAACAGAUACACUUUACAUUUUAAUAUUUAUCUGUAGAACAAAAAAAGUAGGUUCGUGAUGCAAAGUUUCUCGAAUGUAAAUCCAAGUGGGCGUUAUGGGAGGCCGUCCUUGCCAGCCGCCAUCUUGAAAAACACGUGCUAUCGAAUAUCUGCCAUGUUUUUUAUUUGAAACAUUUUUUUGUAUAACGCAUAGGGUUUUUGCUAAAUAUAUAGUUAACGGUUCGUGAUAAAUUAAAUAUUGAAAAAAGUUUGGAGCGCUAUAAUUGAAAAUUACAAAAAAAUGUUUGGAAUAAAAAAUAAAAAUGAUCUCAACUAUUUUUGUCGAACGUUUUAUAACCUAUAGAACAAUUGAUUCACUUUAAAGGGCUUCAAGCAGUUGAAUUAUGACCUUGUAAUAAAUAGAUUGUAGAUAAAACCUUUUUCUUUGUUACGCAAUCAUGACUCACUUGAAAAAGUAUAUUUCGUACCACAACAUUAUCAGAUUUGUGGGUACAAAAUAGAACGAUAUCAAAUAUUGAUUUUUCUAAUAAAUGAUAUGAAAAACGUUGUUAGGAAUAGAGUUUUUUUUAUUAAUUGAGGGAACUAUAUUCACAUUCAAUUCAUUGCCUUUUCCGUCUAUUAAUAGUAAUAAUUAUUAUUUAAAACAACAUAUCAUGUACAGAUACCAUAUCAGCAAAUUAACAUAGACACAUAUAUGUAUCUAAUAAUAAAUAUAAGCUCCACAUUAUCCGUUAAUCCUUAAAUAUUUGUCAUGUUAAAGUGGAAGGAACAGGUUGCUUUUGUGACAGGAGUUAAUUCAGGUAUUGGAGAAGCUAUUGCAGAAAAAUUAGUCGAAAAAGGACUCAAGGUAGUUGGUUUCGCUACAAGAUCAGAACGUCUAAUAGCGCUAGCGCAAAAACUGUCAACGUCCCAACAGGGUAAAUUCUAUCCAAUAGCCGGUGAUAUUACAAACGAAGAUCAUAUUAUACACGCGUUUCAAUGGACACAAGAUAAUAUCGGUCCAGUUAGCGUAUUGAUCAAUAACACUCCUACCAGUGUUUUAUAUUAUGAUGAUAUCGACGCGUUGAAAGAAAUUCUUAACGAAACUGUUUUGGGGAUUUGUAUUGUUAGCAGAGAAGCCAUUAAACAUAUGAAAGAAAAUAACAUUGACGGAUAUAUUAUUAAUGUCGGCGGACUUUCACGUAACGAAACGUAUUUUGAUUCACCCUGUAACAAUUCUCUUAAUCCAUUGACUGAAACUUUACGUCUUCAACUUGCUGCAGACGAAUCCGAAAUUAGGAUAACGAUAUCGUUGUUGAUCUCACUAGAAUCCGCGUCGAAAGUUAUUAAAAGAGGAAUCCUCCAUUUUUGGUAGUGACAAAAUGUUGAGAAGUAUCUAUUUUCCGUAAAGAAGUCCUUUAGUACUUUUUUAUAUUCUGCCCCUGGACUAUAAGUAUUUUUUUUAAAACCAUUUUUAGUGUGUCAAGUUUAUCUUGAUGUCUACUGUACUAAUCCAUGUUUCAAUACAUUUUUGAGAUAAGAUAUCUCGAUGUUACCUUAAUCAAAUCAAUUCGACACGAUAAAUAUUUCAUUUUAUGUAUACAGUAUGUCCCGAAACUAUAAAUGAAAAUAUCUGUAUCACAAUAUAUAAUAAAUUUAUAAAAAAAAUGAGAAAAUAUGAAUAAUUAUGAUGAUAUUU